GCAUGCGCCCUCAUUGCGUCAGCCUUUCGGUCCUUGCCGGCGGCUGGAACCGCGGCGUGGAAGGUGUUCGCUGCGUUGUCUCUCGCGCCGGUUUGGCGUGGCGCGCCCGGAGACCACGAAAAGGAAGGGCUAGAGUAAGUGCUCCCCCUGGCCGCUUGAGUCGGGUAUAGAGUGUUUCCUUCCCGCCAGGAAAGUGCCCGUGGGAACCGGACCCCGCCCCCUUCCCGGCCUAGACUUCCUUUCCCCUCCCUAUUCCUUUCCCGGUGGGGACCCUGUCUGUGCUUCUUGUUCUGGCUGUGAGCCCCUGCCGAGAUCAUGAAGCUCGUGAGAAAGGACAUCGAGAAGGACAACGCGGGCCAGGUGACUCUGGUUCCGGAGGAACCUGAGGACAUGUGGCACACCUACAACCUAGUGCAGGUGGGCGAUAGCUUGCGUGCCUCCACUAUCCGCAAAGUCCAGACCGAGUCCUCCACGGGCAGCGUAGGGAGCAACCGGGUCCGCACUACCCUCACUCUCUGCGUGGAGGCCAUCGACUUCGACUCUCAAGCCUGUCAGCUGCGGGUCAAGGGGACCAACAUCCAAGAGAAUGAGUAUGUCAAGAUGGGGGCUUAUCACACCAUCGAGCUGGAGCCUAACCGCCAGUUCACCCUGGCCAAGAAACAGUGGGACAGUGUGGUUCUGGAGCGCAUCGAGCAGGCCUGUGACCCAGCCUGGAGCGCCGAUGUGGCGGCCGUGGUCAUGCAGGAAGGCCUCGCCCAUAUCUGCUUAGUCACUCCCAGCAUGACCCUCACUCGGGCCAAGGUGGAAGUGAACAUCCCUAGAAAACGGAAAGGCAACUGCUCCCAGCACGACCGGGCCUUGGAGCGGUUCUAUGAACAGGUGGUCCAGGCUAUUCAGCGCCACAUACACUUCGAUGUUGUAAAGUGCGUCCUGGUGGCCAGCCCAGGAUUUGUGAGGGAGCAGUUCUGCGACUACAUGUUCCAGCAAGCAGUGAAGACCGACAACAAAGUGCUCCUGGAAAACCGGUCCAAAUUCCUUCAGGUACAUGCCUCCUCUGGACACAAGUACUCCCUGAAGGAGGCUCUCUGUGACCCUACUGUAGCUAGCCGCCUUUCAGACACUAAAGCUGCUGGGGAAGUAAAAGCCUUGGAUGACUUCUAUAAAAUGUUACAACAUGAACCUGACCGAGCUUUUUAUGGACUCAAGCAGGUGGAGAAGGCCAAUGAGGCCAUGGCAAUUGACACAUUGCUCAUCAGCGAUGAGCUCUUCAGGCACCAGGAUGUAGCCACACGGAGCCGGUAUGUGCGGCUGGUGGACAGUGUGAAAGAGAACGCAGGCACUGUUAGGAUAUUCUCUAGUCUUCAUGUGUCAGGGGAACAGCUCAGCCAAUUGACUGGAAUAGCUGCCAUUCUCCGUUUCCCUGUCCCUGAACUCUCUGACCAAGAGGAUGAUUCCAGUUCUGAAGAAGAUUAAUGAUUGGAACUUAAAAUUGAGAUAACCUGUAUCUCACUUGUCAGUGUUACAUUUUCUCAGCUGCUUUGUGACAGAAAGCUGCAAGGGUGGGUGGCACUUUGUGAUUCCUACAGGGAUUUCUCAUGUAUUUGGUCACUAGGUGUUUUGUGGUUGGCAGGACUUGUAUUCAAACUAGACAAUAAAAGGAAAUAAUCUCCAAUAA